UCCCGUUUCCUUCGGAUGGUGUUCUCUUCUCGGACUGGGCUGAAACCUGAGUCUCUACGGUAAGUUGAGACUAAUAACCAGCCCGUUUCAUCACCAGCGGAUGGUAGGAGGGCAGCUGUGAGUUCAUGAAAUGUGUACCGGACAGUGCGCUUUAUCCGAACGCUAGAAGCGCGACUAUGGCCUAUUAUUUGUGUGACAUUAGAUAAAGGGAGUGCACCUUUGCGUCCGAGAGCAUGGAGGUGACGUAUGCUGCUUUACAGCAUCUGCAGUUUGAUGCGUAGAAACACUGCUGACGAAUAAACAUGGAUUUACCUCGUCGUUUUCCGGACCCGGUUCUCAACCCAUUGUUAUUCGGUGAAUCCGUGGCGGCGGCACCCAUCAGUAUGAAUGAAGCGUGUGCGGCUGGGAGCGGGUCCGGCGCUAUGGCAACCAGCGCGUUGAGAAACGAUUUGGGCUCCAACAUUCAUGUGUUAAAAACACUGAACCUCCGCUUUCGCUGCUUCCUUUCCAAAGUCCACGAGCUAGAACGCAGAAAUAAGUUACUGGAGAUCCAGCUGCAGCACGCCCAGGAGCAGUCCCGCUACCGACUGCUGUUUUCCCGGGAGCAAGCGGUCCAGACGAACCUCGAGCUGCCUUAUUCAAACGCACUGUGUCAGUCGGGACUCCCCGGUAAAAUCUGGAGUUUCUCACACACGGCCCGAUAUGGAGGGCGGUUUGAGACUCAUCAGGGGCCUGGAGUGUCCUGGACUCAUCCCGAAGGUGUCGGGGUUCAGAUUGACACCAUCACACCUGAGCUCAGGGCCUUGUACAAUGUUUUGGCCAAAGUCAAGCGUGAGAGAGACGAGUACAGGACAAGAUGGGAGGAGGAGGUGUCUAAACGUCAGCAGAUGGAGUCUUUGGUGGAGACAUUGCAGGAGACUGUUCAGUCAUCUGAAGCUGUUCAGGGAGAACUGAAUGAGAGGAUGGAACGUCUUAAAACAGAGUUGGUGGUCUUCAAAAGCCUCAUGCCUCAUGAUGAAGUGUCUGACUUGGACACUAAAAUCCAGGAGAAAGCCAUGAAGGUUGAUAUGGACAUCUGCAGACGCAUUGAUAUCACAGCCAAGCUGUGUGACGUGGCACAGCAGAGAACAUCGGAAGACAUGAGCAAGAUACUGCACGGCAGCCCAUCCAGAGCUCCUCCUGAACAGAAGGGGGGGAUGGUGGUAUGUAGGAGGAAAGAGUGUAAGAGUGAAUCAGAGGAGCAGAAAGUGGAGACUGAUGGUGAUUCUGGUCACCGGGAGGAGGAUAUGCCUGGUUCUCUCAACAUCACUGAUGAAAUGAAGAGGAUGCUCAACCAGCUAGGUUGUUCAGCUAAUUGGUUUGUUGGCAGGAGGGAAACGUUCGAGUUUGACGAUGACUGUGACAGUCUGGCGUGGGAGGAGACGGAAGAGACACUUCUGCUUUGGGAGGAUUUCAGUAACUAUAACACUCUGAACCUCACUGGUGCUGCUGGCACAGUCGCUUCAGCGUCCUGUGCAUCUGACUCUCACGGAGAGACAAACGAGCAGGAUCGAAGUCUAGGAAGCCUCAUAAAUGAAACAGAGUCCCUUUUUAAGACCAGAGAGCAGAAGUACCAGGAUACCAUUGGCCAGAUCGAGCUGGAAUUGGCCACAGCCAAGAAUGACAUGAACAGACACCUGCAUGAGUACAUGGAGAUGUGCAGUAUGAAGAGAGGGCUGGACGUACAGAUGGAGACCUGCCGGAGGCUCAUCCAAAGCACAGCCACCACCGGCAGACAAUCGCCUUCCCUCAGCUCUGUGGCAAGCAGCGAUUCAGGAAACACUGAUGACAUCCAGGAUGAGCUUGAGCCUGAUGGAGCGAGAGAAGGAGAGAAAGAAGAAGCGGUAGAGAUGAAUGGAGAAGUUAGAUGAUGAUCAGCCAGUCAUCAUUCUGGUUUCUCAGCUUCUUUGUGAACCAGGCACUCUUUUAAGCGUCUGGUCACUUUUUCUUACACAGUACAGAUGAGUGCGGAAUCUCAGAUUCCCAAAGAGCAAGUAUUGGUGCUUUAUAUGCUGUCUUAGAGCAGGACUAGUUCCCUCUUCAUCAGCACUGCCAAGGCAUGGCUCCAUAGUCUUCCUCACUAGCUUUAACUGAGGUCACACUGUUUAUAGUAUGAUAUAAUAAUGCAUAUAUGAAUCAUAUAUUUUAUUAUAAUAUAUUAUUAAUAUAAUAUAAAUAUUAUGGUAUUAUAAUAAUAUUUAGAAAAUACACAAUUUCUGCUAUCUGUAUUGCUCAUUUGUUUACAUAAAUCUGAAAGGCAAGUUACACAACCACAAUAACAGAUUAAAACACAUGAUAAAGUAAAGUAUUACUCUACAUCAAGCUCUGGAAAUAAGUUCAGGCUUUUAAAAUCACAAUAGUCAGUAGAUCAGCCAUGCAGUAUGCUUCACAAAAAUAUCUCUGCUCCGAGUCAGUUCAGAUGUUUUCACCACGUACAAUUGUUGCUAAACUAAACCACUGUGCACUAAGAUCUAUGCAAUAAUCUGGUCUGGAUUGGUGUUAUAUUCUGUGAUUCUCUUUGCUGGAAACAGAUUCAGUAUGUGUGAGUUAAUUCUCCUUAAGUGCAGUUUUUUUCCCCUUGUUUCUUUCAGUGUUGAAGAGUAGCAGUGAAACCCAAACUCGUGUGCCUACAAAUAUGCUGUAUACAGUGUCUUAGUUGCCUUAUAUUUUUCUCAGAAUAUUUUCAGUACAUGCUUUUGCUCUGUUAUACACCAUUAAGUUCUCAAUCAUAUCCCUUGUACAGACGAUGACAUAAAAUAUUAUGUCUAAGAUGGUAAAUGGUGUGAAAUAAGGUUUUGGAUGAUCGGAACAGAUUCGGAAGCCAUACAUAUAUCUGUCCUCAGGUGUUGGAUGGUUUGGUUAAGAUGCAAAAUAGCUACUGAAAAAUUUGCUAUUACUUUCAGUUCAGUAUGUGGGUCAUUCUCAGGAAAAGGUGCUAUUUGUGCUAAAAAAUUCUGACUUUUUAUUUCUAAAACCAAAUAUCAAAGUACAUAUGCUAACCUUAAAGCUCUAUGUUACAUUAACCACAUCACAAUAAUAAAUAUACUGGUUCACUUAUAAUAGAAAACUGAGUAGAUUCUGUAGAUUUAGUUUCACUCAGUUUCAUUGUGCCUUGAAAUAUAUUUAUAAAAUAAAACAUAACUAAUAAUAUUUAUAAUAACAUUUUGUCAGAAAGAAAAUGUCACAUGGGAGUGCAAAAUCCACAUUUCUCAGAAAAUGCAUGAAUCAUUUUAAAAUACUAAGGAGUAAAAGCAUGAUAUGUAAAUUUCAAUGAAAUACAAAUUUAGGUUAAAAAAAAAAGAAAAAAAAAUAUAUUUUUUAUUCUAAGUGUAAUAGUGAAAAUGAGGACUAAAAAAUUUCCAGACAUUUUAUUAAAAAACAAACAUUUAAAAUUAAAGGAGAAGUCCACUUCCAAACCAAAGAUUCACAUAUAAUGUACUCACUCCCUUGUCAUCCAAGAUGUUCAUGUCUUUCUUUCUUCAGUCGUAAAGCAAUUGUUUUUUGAGGAAAACAUUUCAGGAUUUUUCUCCAUAUAGUGGACUGGUGGAAUCGGUGCCCUGAUUUUGAACUUAAAUUGCAGUUUAAAUGUGGCUUCAAACGAUCCCGAAUGUGGUUGUAAAUGAUCCCAGCCAAGAAAGAAAGGUCUUAUCAAGCGUAACGAUUGGUUAUUUUCAUAAAAAAUAAUAUAAUUUAUAUACUUUUUAAUGUCAAACACUCUGCCUGGACUGUUUUUUCCGACAGUUAGGGUAUGUCGAAAAACACGUUUUUUCUCCCUCAACUUCAAAAUCAUCUUAUAUCGCUGUUUUACCUUUUUUGUUAAGGAUGUUUGACCUUUUUUGCAUGUUCACUUUGCAAAGACUGGGUCGGUACUUCUGCAGUGAUGCAGGAUGAUUUUAAAAUGAUUUCUGAAGUUGAGGGAGAAAAUAAGAUUGGAGUUUUUCGACAUACCCUAACUGUCUUGAGCCAGAAUACACCGAGUUCAACAAGAGCAAGGCAAGACAAGCAUUUGAGAUUAAAAAAAAAAUAAAAAAAAAAUGUAAUUGUAUUUUUUUUUAUGAAAAUAAAAAAAUGGUUUGGCUAGAUAAGACCCUUCUUUCUUAGCUGGGAUCGUUUACAACCACAUUUGGGAUCAUGUGAAGCCGCAUUUAAACUGCAUUUUGGAAGUUCAAAAUCGGGGCACCAUAUCAGUCCAUUAUAUGGAGAAAAAUGCUGAUAUGCUUUCCUCAAAAAACAAUUUGUUUACGACUGAAAAAAGAAUUUCUUGGAUGACAAGGGGGUGAGUACAUUAUAUGUGAAUCUUUGUUUUGGAAGUGGACUAAUCCUUUAAAAUUGUUUUAUUUAAUUAAAAAAAAAAUUAUAUAUUUUGCAUUACAAACAGUCAAAUUGAUAGACUGAUGUGACUGAAGAGGCACACUAUGUCAUCACUUCCUAAGAAUGACCCACGCUGUCCCCCUCACACCCCUCAAAAUAUGUUUUUGUCUUAUUAUUCAAGAGGUGGCCAAAAACAUAUAAAUGAUUAUUAGUUAUUUUUUUUUUUAUUCUACAUACUUAUUUGGUUUUGAAACUAAAUGUAUUACUUUUAUUGCAUAUAUUUUUGUUACCUUUAUUUUUCAGUUGAUUAUCAUGUAUUGAUUGAUUGCUGGAAACAUAAUCCGGGUGAUGGAGGUUUGCCUUUUUUUAAUUAAUGGAAAUAAAUCAUUCCAUAUUUUGUUAUCCUCUAUGUGGUUAUUCAGAUGUUUAUGUUGAUUUAAUAUUCUUGCCUUAAAUGUGGGUCAUUCUAAUAAAAUGUAUUAGUUUGGGCUAUAUACUAAAGAUAUCAGCUGACUGAUCUUGUGCUGAAAUCAGCAUGACUGAGAAUGUCUGGAAAUGAGAGUUUGUUUUCGGAAAUCUGGAAGACUAUGCAAGGCGUAAUUGUAGUCUGAUUUUAUCCUGGUUUUAAAUAAAAAAAAGUUUGCCUUA